CGCAUAACGUCAUGGCUGACAGUAGCUGGCCAGGCUGUGCAAAGAGUUUGAAAGGUGUCAUUUUGGACUUAUGUGGAGUUUUGUAUGACAGCGGGGAAGGCGACGGAGUUGCCAUCCCUGGUUCUAUUGAGGCUGUAAAAAGACUUAAGGAAUCAGACCUGCAGCUGCGAUUCUGCACCAAUGAGACUCAGGCAACUAGAGAGAAGUUCGUCGCAAAACUGCAGAGGUUGGGCUUUGACAUUUCUGUAUGUGAGGUCUUCCCUCCUGCGCCUGCAGCCAUCUCAGUGCUCAAGGAGAGAGGUUUAAGGCCCCACCUGCUGGUGCAUGACGGACUUCUUCAAGAGUUUGAGGCUGUUGAAAAGACCAACCCAAACUGUGUGAUCAUUGCAGAUGCAGCAGAAAACUUUUCCUAUCAGAAUCUGAAUGAGGCAUUUCGGGUCCUCAUAGGAUUGGAAAAGCCAAUAUUAUUUUCCCUUGGCCAGGGAAGAUACUACAAGGAGACAGAUGGGUUAAAACUAGACGUCGGUGUUUACAUGAAGGCUCUUGAGUAUGCUUGUGACUUAAAGGCAGAAGUAAUUGGGAAGCCAUCCCCAACCUUCUUCCAGAGUGUUCUCAGUGACAUGGGGCUGAAACCACAUGAGGCUCUUAUGAUUGGAGAUGAUCUUGUGAACGAUGUAGGAGGAGCCCAAUGCUGUGGCAUGAAAGGGGUGCAAGUUAGAACAGGCAAAUACAGGCCAAGUGACGAAAGACAUCCAACUGUGAUCGCCGAUGCAACCGUAGACAACCUGGCCCACGCUGUGGAAGUGAUCCUCAGUCAGAGAGGGCUAGAAGCCUGAGAACCCUCCACUAGCAGCGGCCUGGAGCGAUCCAAGCUCAGCGUUGCCUUGUAGUGUUAACUGACGCCUCAUAAAAGCGAUUCUUCACAUGAGGAGGUUCCUCAGUUUUGAGGUAGUUGAAGAAAAAUGUGAAAAGAAUGAGCUGAAAUAUUCUAAUGUGGUCUAGCUGCUAUAAACUGUUAAACAUGUGAAGGGAUCGGACAUCUGCUUGCCCUACUUGGUGAUAAAACUAACUCCAGUGUAAUUUAUCCGAGAUGGUUGUAAAUGCUUUCGAACCGCUCUUUGCAUUUGUCAGUACAUGAUUGGCAUAGAUGGGAUACCUCAAGCUUGACACGAACAAGCCUGUAACCAGCUGCUGAUUGACAGUUAGAUGGGGAAAGUCGUGGCGGCGCAUGCUCAGAGUCCUUAGAAACCUGAUGUAAACAAGUGCAGCUGAAAAAGACUGACUAUUAUUAAGUUGCUUUAUGUAAAGUAACACUAACUAUGUAGACUUGAAAAUAAAGAUAAUUUA